AUGACGUACGUCAUAUUGAAGAAAUGCAAAGUUUUGUUGCGGCGUUUGAAGGGUGGCACGCAUCGGAGGGUUCUCUGGUCGGAUGAAGCGCCAUUCACAAUUGAGCAGGAAUUCAACAAGCAAAAUAAUCGGAUUUUAACAAAAGAUGUUGCCACGGCAAAUUCUCAGGGAAGAAUUGUCCAAAAAUCGGCUCAUCCAAAAUCGUUGAUGGUUUGGGCCGGGGUGACCGCUGAUGGAAAAACACCUCUUGUUUUUGUGCAGCCAGGUGUGAAAAUUGAUCAAAAUUACUACGAAAAAGAAAUUUUGAUGAGGCAUAUGAAGCCUUGGGCUGAUAAUCACUUUUCUGGAGCACCUUGGAUCUUUCAACAAGAUUCUGCACCAGCACAUCGUGCAAAAAAGACCAUGGAGUGGUUUGCCAAGCAAAACGUGGAUUUCAUUACCCCGGAAGAAUGGCCUGCAAAUUCACCUGACAUCAAUCCUAUGGAUUUCGCCAUAUGGGGAAUCUUGAAGGCAAAGGUCUCAUCAGCUCCACAUGCUAAUUUGGAUGAUCUGAAAGCCACCCUUAUCAAGGAAUGGGCAAAAAUCCCCGUUGAGACUCUCCGUGCCGCGGUCGACGAUGUGCCGAAGCGACUUAGGGCUUGCAUGAAGGAAAAAGGAGGAAACUUUGAGAUU